AUGGGUUUUGGUUCUUUAAGGGGAUUAAACAUCAUUGCAGGAAUUCUUAAGCCAUGUGUUUAUUUGUCCAUUUCUUUAUUGCCUCCCAAAAUUCCCCAAAAUCUGACACCAACCAUCUCCUCUGCUUGGGGUAGGCAGCAUCAUCUCUCGCCUCCUUCGGCUCAGGUCACUGUCACAUUAGCCUCAAGCGUUCAAAACUACUCAAAGCCAGCAACCUACAAUUUCUUGGGAGCAUUCUCUAUGCUUCCUCGUCUUUCUCUUAUCCUUCGCCCCCUUCAUUCGCCUCCUUCACUCGCCGCUUUCUCCAUGGCGCGUGCUAUUUCGGGCGCCACCCAUCUUCCCAUGUGCCCGACCACGAACAAUGCGACGUCUAUCCAUUCCUCUUUGCACCCGGGUUUUGUUCAUUUCACGAAUCGUUUACAUGCUUCCCUCUCUUCAAAAUCUUUUCUUUUUGGUCGGAGGUUCCAUGUUCUGUGUCGAAGCGGAGGCAAUCAUCUGGGUGCAUUCGGGGGAGCUCGCGCUGAUCAGAGGGGGUAUCGGAAGACGAGGAAGCGAACACCGAAGAAUAAAGAGAAGGAGUUAGAACUCAGUGUCGACAUUUGUAUUGAAGAAGAUUUGCCUGACGAUGAUGAAAUAUUGGGCAUUGCUGAGAUGCUCCGUCUAAAUGUGCCAAUGGCAAUGAAGCUGGCAUUUGAUGGUUUGAAAGGUUCAGCGUAUAAAACAAGAGAUCCUGCUAUAACUGAUGUUGGUGGGUUCGAAAGUGUUGAAUUAUCUGUGCUUCUCUGCAAUGACGAAUUUAUUCAAAAACUUAACAAGGAAUGGAGGGAUGAGGAUCAUGCCACCGACGUUCUCUCAAUGUCACAACAUGUCCCUGGGCUCAAGCUUCCUAUUCUUAUGUUGGGUGAUAUUGUAAUUUCCGUGGAGACAGCUGCAAGACAAGCAGAGCAAAGAGGGCAUGCUCUUCUUGAUGAGAUACGCAUCCUCUUGGUUCAUGGCCUAUUACAUCUUUUGGGAUUUGACCAUGAACUUAGUGAAGAAGCUGAAGCUGAAAUGGAGAGAGAGGAGGAACUACUUCUGAAGAGUCUUGGUUGGAAAGGAAAAGGACUAAUACAAAGCGCAUGUGAUGCUGAAACCGAUUUAAGUUCUCACCAAUACAGUUCAGAUGACAGGAAGAAAGAAGGCAGUCUUAGAUUUUAUAAACCAAAGUUCAGUUAUAUCUUCUGCGAUAUGGAUGGAACAUUGUUGAACAGCAAGAGUCAAAUUACUCCUACAACUGUCAUGGCGUUAAGAGAAGCCUUGUCAAGGGGUGUGAAAAUUGUCAUAGCUACUGGAAAAGCUCGUCCAGCUGUUAUAGAUAUUUUUAAGAUGGUGGACUUGGCUGGAAAAGACGGUGUUGUGUCAGAAUUUUCCCCUGGUGUUUUCUUACAGGGGUUGCUUGUUUAUGGUAGACAGGGUCGGGAAAUUUUUAGAAGCAACUUAAACCCAAAUGUCUGUAGAGAGGCAUGCAUCUACUCUUUGGAAAAUAAGGUUCCACUUAUUGCAUUCUGUGAGGGGCGCUGCUUAACCCUUUUUGAUCACCCACUGGUUGAUUCAUUGCAUACAGUAUAUCAUGAACCCAAGGCAGAGAUCAUGCCUUCUACUGAACAUCUCUUGGCUGCUGCUGACAUACAGAAAAUGAUUUUCUUUGACACUGCUCAGAGAGUGGCUAGCACAUUGCGGCCACACUGGUCAGAGGCAACAUCGGAUCGUGCCAGAGUUGUUCAAGCUGUGCCAGACAUGCUUGAAAUUGUACCUUUGGGAACUUCAAAGGGGAAUGGAGUAAAAAUCCUUUUAGAUCAUUUGAGGGUUACCGCUGAGGAGAUAAUGGCUAUUGGUGAUGGAGAAAAUGAUAUCGAGAUGCUUGAGCUGGCUUCUCUUGGCAUUGCUCUCAGUAAUGGAGCAGAAGAGACAAAAGCAGUGGCUAAUGUAAUAGGUGUGAGUAAUGACGAAGAUGGUGUUGCUGAUGCCAUUUACCGAUACGCAUUCUGAGCUCCAGCGAAACUGGAAUGAGAAAGUUUGCAGAAUAAUUGUUGAGGGGUCAAAGCCGUUGCCCCUAAUUAAUUUUUUUCCAAGAUACUUUUUCCUUCUUCCAAGAAUUAAAGGGGAAGAAAUUGUUGUCUCACAUAUGUCAUUGACGACUAUAAUCGGUAACUUGUGGCUGACGCAUAAAGGCCGGUUAGCCUUGCUUCCUUUUUACUCUCUAGAAUUCAGUAUAUUUAGGAAUUAUAAAGAAGGGGGAAUCCAUGAAUCCCUCAGAACAACUUCAUUGCUUAAGUUAGGGCCUGUAUCCAUUUUUCACUUCAUAGACUCAUAACUGCGAUCAAUUAUUGGACUUCAUAUCAA